AGAGAAAUGAAUUUUAUUUUGUUUCUUCAAUUUAUUCUUUUAAAAAUCCUAAUUUUUGAUUUUGUAAAUUGUGUGAAAGAAAAUGGAAAAAAUAUUCCUAAAAAACGACAUGAUACUAAAAUUCAUAAAGUUAGGGGCAAAGGUACUAUAUAUAAAGAUAAACGUGAAAGCUAUAUGGUACGGAACAAAAUUAUAGGUGAUUUGAAUUAA